AAUAUUACAUUUCAUUACCUGCUGCAUCUCCCGCCGGGACGCACGCCAUAUCAUCUUCCUCGUCGUUCCCCUGACUAUAUCCAUCCAUCAUCUUCGCUCCGUAUAGAACUUGGCCCAGAUACCACCCCUUUGGAGCAACCGACCAACCGAUCAGCAAAGGAAAGGAAACAAAACUCACAGGCAAACUGUUUGUUCGAUACGGCCUCCCCAACACGCAUAACCCGCCAUGGCCAGUGCAGGAGUUCCCGUCGAGCAGGUGGACGAGUCCAUUGCCGCCAAGAUUGAGCAGCUUGACCGCCACGGAUAUCUGUUCGGCCAGAAAAUCACACACUCCCUGUCGCCACUUCUGCACAGCACCAUUUAUGAGGGCAUUGGCCUCAAGUGGGAGCAGAUGAGGCUCGACUCGGCGGACCUGCAGCUGUUCCUGGAACUCAUCAAGCACCCCAAGUUCUACGGCAGCUCCGUGACCAUGCCCAACAAGGUGGCCAUCAUCCCGCACCUCGACGAGCUGACGGACGAGUGCCGCGAUGUCGGCGCGUGCAACACCCUCUUCAUCAGAGAACGCGACGGUAAGCGGAUAUACUGCGGCACCAACACGGACGUCGUCGGCGUGCGCGAGUCGUUUGUCCAGAACGUCGCCGACCCCGACGCCGUCUACCACGACAAGCCGGCCCUGGUCAUCGGCGGCGGCGGCGCCGCGCGCAGCGCCGUCUACGCGUUGCGCAAGUGGAUGAAGGCCACGGACAUCUACCUCGUCAACCGCGACAAGGGCGAGGUCGACGCCGUCAUCGCCGAGUGCUCGGCCCGGGGGUACGGAGACAGCAUCUACCACGUCUCCACCGUCGAGGAAGCCCGGCAGCUCGAGGCUCCCGGCGCCGUUGUGUCGUGUGUGCCCGACUUCCCGCCCAAGACGCCCGAAGAGAUUGUCGCGCGCGACAUCAUCGUCGAGUUCUUGAACAAGGACCGCAAGGGCGCCAUCUUGGAAAUGUGCUACAACCCCACGCCCUACACUGCCAUCGCCGGCCUGGCAGAAGAAGCUGGCUGGCAGCUCAUCUUGGGCACCGAGGCCAUGAUCUACCAAGGACUAGAACAGGACCGUUACUGGACCGGUAGAGAGGUCGAUCAGUUGCCUGUGCAACAAGUGAAGGAAGCGAUAGCCGCGAAGCUGUCGCAACACUCGAAACUCUAGAUUCAAUGACCUGUACAUGACUCGCAUAGCUACAUCAUAAGCGCCUGCCUUUGGUUUUCUUCUUUUCUGAACAAUGCAUCGCUGAACAGCCUCUCCGCCGAUCAAAUGUAUGGUAGGCUGGCUUGCAACUCUUUCAAUCCAAACCAGUGAGAUGCGGUGCACAUCAUGUCCCUGUGGCUCCAUGUCACGAUGUCAUCGGGUUAGAGUGAAGUGUAAUCAAAGUAUCAAUGCAACAGCUAGCGAGUCUCGGCCGAGUUUGGCUUUCUGCCAACCACAAAUGUAAAACGGACUUGGGCCGCUACCUACUGCAUAGAUAGAUACCCGUUCAUCUUAAAACAAAAUGACAG